AACUGCACGACGCCUCCAUGACUAGAACAGGAAGCUGCGAGAUCCACACUAUUCUCUCGACCCCUCUCCACCCCGUUCACUUGCUUUGGAUUUGAACAGACUUUUGAGUGUAAAUCCGUCCUGGAUUUUGAGGAGGCACGUAUUAGUAGUGUACAUUGCCACUGUGUGAGUGCUGGGUGAGGAAGCGACUGCGGAGGGGAGGGUGACUAAAGCCAAAUAUGACCAGUGAGGAUGCAAUAGAGGACUAUAUGAGGGAUCAACCUGCGGAUGACCCCGUGCACAAUGAGCUGAGUGACACAGACUGUUCGACUGAUCCAGGCGGUCUGUCAGUGCUGCAGCAGCUCGGCUUGGACCAGAACGCGGACCUCUCGGACUCCAGUGUGCAGCAACGCCUGGAUGAGUACCGCGAGAGGAUCCGCAGGGAGAUCCGCAAGGAGCUGAAGAUCAAGGAGGGAGCGGAGAAUCUCCGCAGGGCCACCACUGACAAGAGAAAUGCCCAACAGGUGGACUCGCAGCUCCGCAGUUCCAAACGCAAGCUGGAGUGUCUCCACGCUCAGCUGCAGGAGCUGGAUGCACACAUUGUGGUCAAGGGCCACAACGAGAAUGAAGAUGCUGCAACAUCUCCAGGCUCAGUUAGUCGACCUUCUGCCAACCAACACCGCAUUGCUGCGUUGGAGCGUCAGCUAAACAUUGAAUUGAAGGUCAAACAGGGAGCAGAAAACAUGAUUCCCAUUUACGCCAAUGGAGCUACCAAGGACAAGAAGCUUCUCCAGACGGCUCAGCAGAUGCUGCAGGACAGCAAGACAAAGAUCGACAUCAUCCGCAUGCAGAUCCGGAAGGCCAUGCAGGCCACAGAGCAGUCUGAGGACAACCAGUGUAAACCUGACGUAUGUGGGGUGGAGCUGCGCGUAGAGGAGCUGUGGCAUCAUUACCGUGUGGAGCACGCCAUGGCGGAGGGAGCGAAGAACAUGCUGCGACUGCUUGGUGCAGGAAAGGUCCAAGACAAAAAGGCCAUGGCAGAGGCACAAUGUGGUCUGAGUGAGUCAUCCCAGCGGCUGGACCUGCUCAGGUGCUCUUUGGAGCAGCGGCUACUGGAGCUCCCAGAGGACCACCCGAAGGCCUGUCUGAUCAAGGAGGAGCUGGCAUUGACUUCCUCCGCAGCGUUUAGCUCCCGCCACAGCACACCCUAUGUUCACAACCAGUACAGCACCUUGAGUAAACCAUCACCUCUCACAGGAACUCUUCAAGUGCAUCUUCUGGGAUGUGUAGGGCUUCCAGAGGUUGUCCCAGGCAGGAGCAAAGGGACUCCCGUGGUUCUUCCAGCUUACUCUCCAGGAGAUGGACGCUCCUCCUUUAAACUGAGUGGCCUCUAUAGCCGCAGCACCAGUAGCAUGAGCCUCAAGAUCCCUGGCAAGAAUGAUGAGCUGUCUCAGGAAGUAAGUGCAGUUCUGAAGCUAGAGAACACAGUGGUGGGUCAGACCGCUUGGAAAACGUUUGGAGAUCAGACGUGGGACCAAAGCUUCACUGUGGAGCUGGAGAGGUCCAGGGAGUUGGAGAUUGCGGUGUACUGGAGAGAUUACCGCUCCCUGUGCGCUCUGAAGUAUCUCAAACUGGAGGAGUUUUUGGAUAACCAAAGACACAGAGUCAAACUAGAACUUGAACCACAGGGGCUGCUGCUGGCAGAGGUCACCUUUUUCAAUCCAGUAAUAGAGAGAGGACGAAGACUCCAGAGACAAAAGAAUGUAUUUUCUAAACAGCAUGGAAAGGCAUUCCUGCGUGCUCGCCAGAUGAACGUGGACAUCAGUACAUGGGUUCGCCUGCUGCGGAAUGCCAUCCCAAGUGGAAGCAAUCCACCUGCAUACGCACCUGGUUUCUCAAGCAAUACACUCACACACAGCCCUGGAGAAAUCUCUGUAGAAAAGCUAACUCUGGACAGAGAAUCUCCCCUCAAAACCGAGAUCGGAGACUUUACCGCUGUGCAGCAGACGGCGGUCAUCGAGCCCCCUUCCAUGCCGGAUGUUCCUGUUCCUGACCCCCCAACCAGAUCACAGUCCUGGGACUCAUUGCGCAGACCAAGCAGAGGUUUGCCUGUUUGCCUGCAGGAUUUCAAGCUGAUAGCAGUGCUUGGCAGGGGGCACUUCGGCAAGGUGUUGUUGUCGGAAUACAAGCGGACAGGCAGCCUGUACGCCAUCAAAGCCCUGAAGAAAGGAGACAUCGUCACGCGGGAUGAAGUGGAAAGUCUGAUGUGCGAGAAGCGGAUCUUUGAGACCGUCAACAGCUCCCAUCACCCAUUCCUGGUCAACCUGUUUGCGUGUUUUCAGACGCCAGAACAUGUGUGUUUCAUCAUGGAGUACACUGCAGGAGGGGACCUGAUGAUGCACAUACACGCAGACGUCUUUUCAGAGCCACGUGCUGUGUUCUACUCCGCCUGUGUGGUCUUGGGUCUGCAGUUCCUUCAUGACCAUAAGAUUGUUUAUCGAGAUCUGAAGCUGGACAACCUGCUGCUCGAUGUAGAUGGUUUUGUAAAAAUAGCCGACUUUGGUCUAUGUAAAGAAGGCAUGGGUUAUGGGGACAGGACCAGUACAUUUUGCGGGACCCCUGAGUUUUUGGCCCCAGAAGUACUGACAGACACCUCAUACACAAGAGCAGUCGACUGGUGGGGCCUGGGGGUGCUCGUCUAUGAAAUGUUGGUUGGAGAGUCUCCGUUUCCAGGUGAUGAUGAAGAGGAGGUUUUUGACAGCAUAGUGAAUGAUGAAGUUCGCUACCCGCGCUUCCUCUCAACCGAGGCCAUUGGAAUUAUGAGACGGAUGCUGAGAAGGAAUCCUGAGAGGCGGCUGGGCUCUGGAGAAAAAGAUGCUGAGGAUGUCAAAAAACAGCCUUUCUUCAGAGAUAUGGACUGGGAGGCUCUCCUUCAUCGGACAGUCUCUCCUCCUUUUGUCCCGACCAUCACAGGAAAAGAAGACGUCAGCAACUUCGAUGUGGAGUUUACAGCCGAGGCGGCGACCCUCACGCCGCCCCGCGAGCGACGCACUCUCUCCCGCAAGGAACAGGCCUAUUUUAAGGAUUUUGACUAUGUAUCUGACCUCUGCUAGGGUCUACGGAUUAGUGGAUGACCCCUGCCAGCCUCAGACUCUAAGAGGAGAGAGAUGAGGAUGGGAUAUCUGACUGCAGGAACUCAAUGGGAUGAACAACUGGCUUGGCCCAGUGUGUGCGUGAGUGUGAAAGACGGCGGGGGCGGGGGGUGUCAGCCAGAAUGUGAUCGCGUGUCUCACACAGCUGCAGUGUCACUGACCUGCUGACCUUUUAGACAAUCUGGAGGGGCUUUUAGAGGAAGAUGAGAUGAUAACUGAAGAUAAUCCAGAUUAUGUAGCAACUGAGUUGACUGGUCCUCCUGUUUACUGCACUGUGUGGAGUCAAUGACAAAUCGGCAUCAUUGUCAGCGAAAUGCUCAAUGAGCCAAAAAGUAACAAUCGGAAGCUGAUUAUCAUCACGGCAGGUUUUUGUCUCCCGUCUUGUCUUUUUGUCUCUGCUGUGUGCUGCUGCUAUGUGUCGCCGUGACCCAGGCUCUGUCGUUAUGAAUGUACGGUGUCAGCCUCAAUCAUGUGCAACUUCAAAAUGAACACUUGGGGACGGCAAAGAAAAAAAACAAAAAUCUGCUUGUUGUCCUUCAAACUCUGUUGCUUUCUGUUGAUUGUGUCAGAGAGACAACGCGUGAUGCUCUUUAAUAAAAGAUGACACGUUUGUAAUGGUAUGAAAUCCUCUCUCGCUCCUAUCCUGCUGUGAAAGAGGUGUUGUCAACAUUGUUUUAGUUUGCAUUACUUUAAUCCACUCUUUUACAUAGAAAUGCAUUUGUGUUUGGCAAACAAAGAAUGUCAAACUAAGUCUUUGGGAAAAAAUAAUUCAAUGGGUGUAAAUCGACUCUUCAGCCAACAAAUGAAAUCAUAUUCAAUGAUAAAAGAUAAUUUGGUGAUUUUAUUUUUCGCACUGUUUCCUCUUGUAUAAUUUGCUGGUUAAAUGUGUUUUAGUAAACGUGAACCAAACAUGAAGUUCAAAUCAUGGUCUGUUCUUCUCUUUGGUGGUGACAGAAAAUCCAGUUUUUUUCAGCAUCUUACCAAACAGUUUGUGAGGUUGAGUGAUGUACAGUUAAACCAGACGAGGAACAUGCUUUGGUAUGAAAUGUGCAUAUCAUCCACCCAAGAAUAAAACCUAAACACUUUGUGAAUAUGCUGGCUGAAGCUGGUAAGAAUGUGACGACAUCCACAGUGAAAUGAUUCCUGUACCGACAUGGGCUGAGAGGACACUCUGCCAGGAAGUAGCCAUUAUUCCCCCCCAAAAUUGAUCAAAAAGGCAGAUUACAGUGUGCAAAUUGACACCGGGACAAAGACCUUAAUUUUGGAGAUAUGUCCUGUGGUCUGAUGAAACUAAAAUUGAAUUGUUUGGGCAUAAUGCGUAUCGUUCCAUUUGGCGGAAAGGCAGACGGCAGCUCGUAAGCCGGAGAACACCAUCCCAACUUCGAAAUACGGGAAUAGCAGCAUUACGUUGUGGGCUUGUUUUGCUUCAGGAGGAACUGGUGCACUUCACAAAAUAGAUGGCGUCAUUAUUUGGGAAAUACUGAAGCAACAUCUCAAGGCAUCAGUCAGGAAGUUAAAUUUUGGGUGUAAAGGGGUCUUCCAAAUGGACAAUGACAUGAAGCAUCCUGCCGAACUGGUUACAAAGUGGCUUAACGGAUAGCAAAGUCAAUGUUUUAAAGUGCCCAUCGCAUUUCAAUCCUAUUGAAAUGUAUAGGCAGAUCUGAGAAGGUAUGCGUGAGAAAGGUGGCCUACAAAUCUGACUUAGUUACACCAGUUCUGUUGGGAGGAAUGGGCCAAAAUUCCUGCCAACUAAUGUAAGAAGCGUGGGGAAGGAUAUCCAAAGCUCAAAGCUCCAGUGAUGCAGUUUAAAGGCAAUGGUACCAACUAUGAAUGAAAUGUACUGUAUGUUAACUUCUGACUUUCAAGAAACGAAUGAAAAAUUGUAAUAAAUAAAUAAAUCCUCU